UCGGAAUUCUGACGGGCUGACGUCUACUGUGUACAUGAGUUUUGCACUCUCGGAGAUAUGCUUCGCAGGAUGGGUGAGGAUUAUCGGGCAGACACACCUCAAGAAUGGCUUACUCCAAGUAAUCCUCGUACUACAUUUGGAUCCACGAUACAAAAGGAUCAAGCCCCGGAGUCUUUCCCGUCGUGUUGUUUUUGCAUAUCCAUAGCUACAACAAACAAACAGACAGGCGAAGUUCGAUACCUACUAACAGAAGAUUUUAUCUGGCUAUAACUAAUUCUACUUAGCAAGGAGUGUACUUGCAUAGUCAUCACAGCUAAUAUGGUGCAGGUCAAGUUGGCGGCGCUCCUCGCCGUCGCGGGGCUGGCUGCUCACGUCUCCGCCCAGGACAAGCUCAACAAACCCCCACUGCUGCCGAACCUCGACAUGCUCUGGGAAGGUCUGGAGAAGAAGCUAACCACACCAAAGACAGAAAUCAGGCAAUGGAGGGACAACAUCAUUUCUGAGGACUGCAAGACCAUGUCCGAGAGAGAGGGCGUCCCAGCAAACAGCAUGAUCCAAUACGAGGUAACCUAUGGUGAUUGCAAGAUGCCGUGGCUGCUCUGCGCCGCCAAGGACCACCCCAGCAACAUGAAGGACAUCGCCAAGUUCUUUGGCAUGGUGCCCGCUAAGCUGCGCCAGGCGACCAAGCAUGCUGCCUUCUUCAAGCCCAAGACGGCCAAGUCGACGGCUGCCGCUUACGCCCUCGGCGACCAGCUCGCCUUCAUGAUCGACCCCAAGAGCAUCGGCAUCUUCCUGCACGAGAUCUCGCACACCGCCGACCUCGGCGCCAAGGACUCGCACUUUGGCAAGGUCGAAGGUCGCUUCACUGACAACAAGAUCUGGACCGACGCCAUCCAGAAGGACCAGGCCAUUUCGGACAACUACGGCCAGAACAGCAAGCACGAGAACCUGGCCCAGUACGCCGGUCUGGUCCUGUACGACAUUCUGGUCGACGGUGGUCUCAAGAAGAUCGUCAAGGACGUUGACAAGAUCAAGAACCAGAUCGACGCCUUCAAGACGGCAACCAAGGAGUGCAGGUGGGGUGGCAACAUGCUCAAGCUCGACCAGACCUGCUCCAAGCGGCCGCCUAACGCCAAGCCAAUCGAUCUCGGGGCCAAGCCAGAAGACAAGAAGGACGACAAGAAAGACGACAAGCAAGGAAAGGGCAAGGGAAAGAGAAAGUUGAGGUUCCGCCGUGACGCUCGCUCCGUGUUCUGGCCCAAGGCUUCCGCCUCGGCGGACUCGAUCGAGAAGCGCGACGAGCCUACCAACUGCGGCCUUCAGUCUGCGUAAAACUAAUGACAGAUUACUGACAAGACAACGCUAACAUUCGAUUAAGGCUUUGACUUUGAUACAUUUUGUUUUAUGGAGCUUUAUGGAGUUUUAUGGUGAGCAACUGAGCCUCGAUACCCCUUUUCCUAGGUAAAGUUGAGGUAUUGUUUUCUUUUUUUUUAGGCGCAUUAAAAGGAUCGGCACUUACGACAAGCAUUUGGCUAGGAGCUUUUGUCUUUUUUCGGAAUUAUCUGUGUAAAUAUUCUUUUUAUUUCCAUUACUUUGGUUUCCAUUUUUUACGUUACAGCAUCC